ACCUAACCAUUUUAAACCAUCACUGCUACAGCACCAGAGCUGAGAAAGACUGUGGAAGAUGAAGAUGAAGGUAGAGUUGAUUGCACUGGUUUUCCUUUUCAUGGGUGCUGUACUGGCAGUCGGUGCAAGAGCUGUUGACAACAGCCCUGCAGACGAUAGCCAACGCUUGGAUCGCCGCUAUGCUGAAUCGACUAUAGCGAGUGAUAUCAGUAAAAUAAUGGACUCCAUGGUACAGAAGAACUUUGUGAACUUUCUCCUAAACCAGAGAGAGAAAAAGAGCAUGCCAACUACGACACCAGAGGAUCCAGACGUUCACAUCUUCAAUGAUCUUCUGAAGAAGGAUUUCACCAUGUUGAUUCACAGCAAAGGAGACAGAUCCAAGACUCAUUAGUGCCCAGGAAGAAGUGGCAUCAGCAGAGCAGUGGACAGGUUCAAGAAACUGCGGAUAAACUCCUCGUUCUGCCUUCAAAACGUCCCAAAAUGGCCUAAUGCUUUAAAGUAUCCAUGAUAGUUAUAAUUUCAAUAAAAGCAUAUUUCAAA